CCUCCGCCACCCACUGCCAUGGCCCUUCCGCCGCGGGGACGAGUGAUUGUCGACACAACUGCGGGGGAGAUUGACAUUGAGCUCUGGUCCAAGGAAACUCCGAAGACAUGUAGGAACUUCAUCGCACUGGCCAUGGAAGGCUACUACGACGGUGUCAUAUUCCACCGGAUUGUUCCCGGCUUCCUCGUUCAGACAGGAGACAAGACGGGUACAGGAGCUGGUGGAGAGUCUUUCUAUGGAGAGCCUUUCGAAGAUGAGAUACACCCGCGCCUGCGUUUCGCGCAUCGGGGGCUCGUCGCAAUGGCCAACAACGGCACGAAGAACUCCAAUGACUCCCAGUUCUUCAUUACGCUAGAUCGCGCCGACGAACUGCACGGUAAACAUACGCUCUUCGGUCGUGUCAUUGGAGACACGCUCUACAAUGUUUUGAAGAUCGGUGAAAUGGAGAUUGACGAAAGCGAACGGCCACUCUAUCCACCUAAGAUCAAGACUGUCCGCAUCGUCGACAAUCCGUUCCCAGACAUCAUCCCUCGCAUCACCGCCGAGGAGAAACGCGCGCAGCAGCGAGCCCGCGAAAAGGCGCAGCGCGAACGAGAAGAGGAACAGCGACGGCGAGGCGCGAAGAGGGACGUCAAGCUGCUCAGCUUCGGCGCGGACGAGGGCGGCGAGGAGGAAGAGCCCAUCACAUUUAAGAAAAAACCGAUCGUUCGCCCUGAUUUACUCGAGGCCAGUCAGCCUAUCGGCAUCCCCGACUUGAAUGCGCCUUCAUUCAAAGAGAAGAAGCCAAAGCAAAGCAAGGAUCAUGGCGAUGAGUCGAAAUCGCCUGAGGGAUCCUCCAAACCGUCCAAGAAGCAAGAGGACAUCGAGAUCACCAAGAUCCGCGAGAAACACGCACAAGAAAAGGCAUCAGAGAAAACCGCCCGGCAGACGGAGAUCGAGAAGAUGGAGGCGGACAUCCGGAAGCUCACGCGGCGGGCGGCGGGCGAGGACAGCGACGAGGAGCGCGCGCGGAAGAAGCCGAAGCGCUCCUACCUCGAGGAGGAGAUGGCGAAGUACACGAAGGGCCGCGGCGUGCACAAGAAGGGCAAGCGGAGGGACGAGGGCGACGUCCUUGCGGCGCUGAAUAGCUUCCGGAGCAAGAUCAAGAGUACUGCGCCUGAGGAAGGGGAAGAUGACGUCGAUAUGGCGAACGCGGAUGGCCAGGCUGGUGAGGGCGAGGGGACCGCGGCUGCCGCGCCGGGAGAGGAGGUGGGCAUGGAGGUGGACGAUGAUGUGGGCUUCUUGGCGCACAAAUUGUCCUUCCCGAAGGGGAACGACGAGGAGGUGGCGAAGGCUGAGCGGGACUACGAAGUGAUUGACCCGAGGCAGAGGGGCGCGAGGGCGAAGGAGGAGGAGCGGGAGAGGAAGCGCGCGAUGAAAGCGAAGGAUAGCAAACGAGGGUACAGGCGAUAGCACACCGCUGUCUAGCU